AUGGAGGAUCAGGGCAUUUGGGAGAUCAUGGAACCAUCGGGGGAGACGUCCGAUCAGGGCACAAUGAAGGUUGCGGUGGCGAAGUUGAAGGACAGGAAGGCGCGGGCGCACUUAAUCCAGUGCCUGCCCGACGAUCUACUAAUGCAAGUCGCGAUGAAGAAGACCGGGAAGGAGGAGGAGGAGUCGAUCGAUGUGUAUGCUGGGAAGCUGACGAGGAUGUCAGUGAGGUAUGCAAAUCUAGGCGGCACGUUGGAUGACGCUGCACUGGUGAAGAAGCUCUUCGACACCAUGCUAGAGCGCUACAUCAACGCGGUCGUCGGGAUCGAACAAUUCUAUGAUCUCAAGAAGCUCGCGUUCGAUGAAGCUGUUGGGUGGUUGAAGGCAUAUGAGGAGCGCACCAAGCGGGGAGCGGGUGGUGCAAAGUCAGACACCGACCAGGUGCUACUGACGUAA